UUCCAUCAGAAUUUUGUAGUGUUCGACUUCCUUAAAAAAAUAACACUAGCAACUACCUAAAUAACAAAAAUGCCAUUUGGUCGCGGUGAUAUACACAACGAAUUUAAAGAACUAACUAAAAUUCCGAAGCGAAGCAAUACUUACAUGUAUGUCGGCAUAAUGCUCACUGUAAUACCUGGUAUUUUCUUGGGCGGCUUUUUGGGCAAGAAGUUGGCCCAAUUCCUCGACGUAUUCGAUCUCUACACGCCCGAUAUCGUGGAAGAUGAUGAAUAGAACAUCCGUGGCACAGAUCUGUCUGCGACAUGGCCAAACGGGAUGCUUCGAAAAGAAAACAUAGCGCAAGCAACUGCCCAGACCGGUAAUCUAACAAAAUCUGGAAAAUAACUCGACCAACCAAUUAAAUCAUAAUUAUUCCAACGAGUUCAAAAUCAAACAAGUUUAUAACAAUAAAUUUACUCUAAAACUUAA